CAGAAAGAGAAAGAGAGAGAGAGAGGAGAGAGAGCACACACACACACAAAAAGAGAGAGAGAGAGAGUCAGUCAUUGGAGGACCAUGACAGUCCGGAGCGGGAGCAGGAAGAAGGAGUCUGAAACCGAAAACGUUCACCUGCGGCCGAUGGGCGGGAAACAUGCGCCCUGACAGAGAUUUGCGCACCGGGACUUCACUCGUGCCUGCACCGACACCUUCAGGGAGCUCACACGUUCCUGCGCGUCGACCGGGACGCGAUGUUUAGGCGCAGCCGAUCGGCAGAGCCCCGCGGAGUUUGGCCGUGUGCUCCGUAGUCUGUCCGUCGGAUGACACGUUGUUGAACCGGGAGACUCGGCGGUGAAUUCUAAAAAAAAAAGAAAAAAAAACUAAACAAACAGGAGCACCGCGAAUGUAGUGAGCAGCCACGUCGCCAGCGUCUUCCCUGCGGACACUUUUCGGCUUCCUCGCGGUGUCGUGUGGGCAGAGUAGCCCAAAGGGGGUGGAGAGGAUGCAGGUGAAGAAGCACCGGGACUCGGACCGGAGCGGCGGGGACAUGCUGGAAACGGACGGACUCCGCAAAAACGCCUCAUGCUUCUCAAAUAUCAAGAUAUUCCUGAUAUCGGAAUGCGCCCUCAUGUUGGCCCAGGGCACCGUCGGAGCUUACCUGGUGAGCGUGCUGACCACCCUGGAGCGGCGGUUCAACCUGCAAAGCGCUGACGUGGGGGUGAUCGCCAGCAGCUUCGAGAUCGGCAACCUGGCAUUGAUCCUGUUUGUCAGUUACUUUGGGGCCAAAGCACAUCGCCCCCGUCUGAUAGGCUGUGGGGGCAUUGUCAUGGCGCUUGGCGCACUUCUCUCAGCUCUCCCGGAAUUUCUAACAAAUCAGUACGAGAUAGGGGAUAAGUGGAGGACUGACGUGGGUCGGGAUGCUUGCUCCAACACCAGCAGCAGGGAUGCUCAAUUGGCAGAGGACGAUGUGUGUAACAACAAGACCAACACCAACAUGAUGUACCUGCUGCUGAUCGGAGCCCAAGUGCUGCUGGGGAUCGGAGCCACACCGGUGCAGCCUCUAGGAGUGUCCUACAUUGAUGAUCAUGUGAAGAAGAAAGACUCCUCACUCUAUAUAGGAAUCCUCUUCUCCACGCUGGUGUUCGGUCCCGCCUGUGGCUUCAUCCUCGGCUCCCUCUGCACUAAGUACUAUGUGGAUGCCAUCUUCAUUGACACCGAAAAGCUGGGCAUCACUCCAGACGACCCGCGGUGGAUCGGGGCCUGGUGGGCAGGCUUCCUCCUGUGCGGUGCCUUACUCUUUUGCUCGGCUCUCUUCAUGUUUGGCUUCCCUCAGUCGCUGCCGAGGGAGGAGGGGGCAGACAACGAGCAGGUUAUGCUUCCUCCCUCUCUGAAUGCAGACUAUGAGACUCCAAAGCCCAGCAACGGGGUCGUAUGCAACCAAGAGCCGGCGAACAGCCCCACCUGCUGUCAGCAACUCAGGGUGAUUCCCAAGGUGACCAAGCACCUCCUGUCGAACCCCGUGUUCACCUGCAUCGUCCUGGCUGCGUGCAUGGAGAUCGCCGUAGUGGCCGGCUUCGCAGCCUUCCUGGGGAAGUACCUGGAGCAGCAGUUCAACCUCACCACCACCUCAGCAAACCAGCUGUUAGGUAUGACAGCUAUUCCAUGUGCGUGUCUGGGGAUCUUCAUGGGCGGUCUGCUGGUGAAGAAGCUGAACCUGUCGGCGCUGGGAGCCAUUCGCAUGGCCAUGUUGGUCAACCUGAUAUCCACCGCCUGCUACGUCUCCUUCCUCUUUCUGGGCUGCGACACGGGUCCCGUCGCUGGAGUGACGGUCCCAUAUGGCAACGAAACGCUGCGGGUGGGCGAGAAACCAGAGGCUCCGUGCAUCAGUCACUGCAACUGCUUCACCUCCUCCAUCAGCCCCGUGUGCGGCUCCAACGGGGUCACGUAUCUGUCCUCCUGCUUCGCCGGCUGCACCCGACGAGGAAACCGUCAAACAGCAUCUAACGGCACUAAGAAUCUGACGGGAUGCGGCUGCAUAUCAACUGAAAGCGAAUACGCCACGGCGGUUCCCGGGAAGUGUCCGAUGCCGGGCUGCCAGGAGUCGUUUCUCAUCUUCCUGUGUGUGAUCUGUGCCUGCAGCCUGGUCGGAGCCAUGGCCCAGACGCCCUCCGUCAUCAUCCUAAUCAGGACCGUGAGCCCUGAGCUGAAAUCAUACGCACUCGGAGUGUUGUUUCUUUUGCUGCGACUCCUCGGUUUCAUCCCUCCUCCGCUGAUCUUCGGUGCUGGGAUCGACUCCACUUGCCUUUUCUGGAGCUCGGACUGCGGCGAAAGGGGCGCCUGCCUGCUGUACGACAACGUGGCUUACCGGCAUCUGUACGUGAGCCUCGCCAUCAUCUUGAAAGGCGUUGCCUUCCUCCUCUACGCCACCACAUGGUAUUGCUUACGCAGGAACUACAAGAAGUACAUUAAGACUCACGAGGGCUACAUGACCCCGACCGAGUUUUACCCCUCACUCACGGACGGCCCUAAACCAGUUGACCGGACAAAGUUUAUAUAUAACCUAGAGGACCACGAGCUUUGUGAAAAUAUGGAGUCAGUUUUAUAGUUUGUGUAAAAGCAGGAAAAAAGGACAACGUGGACGUUAUUUAAGGCAGUAGGAGACACGUCCUCUGUAAACUUUUGAAAGGGUCCAUUUUAGUCGUUUACGUGAUCAGCGAGGUGUCGUCGUGUUGCCGGUGAAUUCCUGUGUUGACUUGGUGGUAGAAAACCUCUACAGUACUGUCAGGCUCAGUCCUAGUUGAUUAUUAGUGAGCGGGCGAGAUGCUGCGACAAAUAUAGUUGCCAUAUUUUUUUAGGUCAUGAUCCCAGUGAUCUGUGUGGAGAAAAUAAUUAGCCUCCUUUCAGUCAGUGCACUGUGUGUUCUGUCUGUCGCUCUCAGAAGCAAGAUGUGUUUGAGAUAAAACGUUUGGGUGGUUCUUUACCAGUUAUUCAUAUUUAAAAGUUGCCAAGUGUUUACAAAGGAAUAGUUGAGAUCAGUUAAUGCAUUUUAUCUUGAUGCAGGAAGUUUUCUUAUUAUAAAAAGAGAACAGAAACACUGACGGGUUUAUUAUAGUGGCCUAUUAGAUGUUUUAACCAUCAGAGAGUCAAGAGGAAUAACUUCAUACAAUAGUGUGUCGAUGUCAUCAUGCACUGUUCAAUUUCUUGUUCUCUUGCUGGAUCAUGGGCACCGACACACUGGUGCAAAUGUGCAAUUCCUCUUUAAAAUGUCCAUGUUUGUUUCUCGUCUCGUGUCAGACUGCAGGUUUGUUUCAUUUCCAUGUUUGUUUUUUACAUCUGCAGAGUUUAUUCAGCCUAAUAUGUCUUAAUAAGGGAUUAUUCAAUUAAGAAUUAAGAAUGUUUAUUUCCUUUUUCUUUUGACUUUUGCACCUAGUGGGAGAGCUAAGAUUUAAAAAAAAUCAAGAGUAAUAUUUUUUAUGUUUUGACAUUGAAAGAUUAGGAGUAAUAUAUUUUGUUUUCAUUAGGCCCAGAACGUUUCAUUAGACUGUGUUUGAAAGGAUACAUUUUAUAUAUAUAUAUAUAUAUAUAUAUAAUCUAAUCUUGGGAUGUGUGUCUAAAGAUUUUGGACAAUUUAUAUUAUGUUGCAUUAGUGGGGAUAAAAAGACACAGACACACACACACACAGAAUCUGUGUCUUCAAGCUAGGUCGUGAUAUUUGAGGUAAAGGAUGCUACAGGAAGCUGCGUGUGCAAACGAAGCAAACAACACUGAAUAUUUCCCCGGACGUCUCUUUGAUGAAUCUGGGCAAAUACGACCUGCUCCUCUACUGAUCUCUCUGCAGUUAAGGUUUUGACUUAGUCCGUUUUCUUACACUUUUUGUAUGGCAACAUAUCAUUUAUUUUACUCUGGAAAUAAAUAAUUUUUCAGAAAAUGUA